CACCAUAGUUACCAGUGCUCACAGAAUGUCAUUGUGGUGGUGCUAGUACAGGUGUACUGCUGAUGUGUGCUGAAGUAUGUAGCUCAGCUCAUACUCAUCUGGCUUAGCUCUCCUGCUUUUUUACGGAAGACUUGACUUUUUCUUUAUUAUAGAAUUUUGGAGGCAAAGAUCAGAUAAAGAGAAGGGAAGAGAGAGAAAGAAGGGCCUGGGUGGCCCUAGGCCUGGGUGGCCCUAGGCCUGGAUGGCCCUAGGCCCCAGUAAUGGAAGAAGAAGCCCAGACAAGAAACAUCCCCAGAAGGCGACGCUGGUACAAUCGCCUGCGGCACACAUGUCUGGGCUUUAGUUGCCUUUGUUGUCACAAAAGGAAGAAAUAUCACCUCCACAAGAUUGGGUAUGACCCAAUUGGUCCAUUACAACAAGCGGCCGUUAUGGGUGACCUGGAUACACUGGAGAGAUUAAUCCACUCCAAUCAACAUCAUGUGGAUGAAUCAGAUAGGAGGAGCAGGACUUCUCUGCAUUAUGUGUGUGCCCACAACCAUCCAGAUAUGGUGACACUGUUAUUCAAAAAUAACUCCAACAUUAACCUCCAGGAUGAUGAAGGCUGCACACCCUUGAUUAAGUCCACCCAGCGAGACAAUGUGGAAUGUAUUUCUGCAUUGCUCACCUUCAAUGCUGAUCCAAACUUGAUAGACUUCAGUGGAAAUACAGCUUUCCACCAUGCUGUAUCCAGGGGUAACAUAAAAAUUGUAGGAAUGCUCCUUGAGCACAACGUAGAUAUUGAAGCCAAAACACAGGGUGGCUUGACGCCUUUGCAACUUGCAACCUUUGAAGAGAAACCUGAAAUGGUAAAAUUUUUAGAAGCUCAUUGUGCAAAAAGCUCACUGACCUCCUCCUGGUCACUCAAUCUCACAGUCUCUCCCUGUUCCUCCUCUACUUCACCUCUGAGCAGUUGGGGACCCCCUGUAUGUCCAUACCCUGGUACUUCUUCUCUCUCUGAAGCCAGACAAGGCAGCUGAACUAGAAGGAUGUAUCCCAUUAACAGGCAACAGCUUUUUUCGGUGGAAGGAAAUACACCAGAUAUUUCCGUUCACAUACCACAGAAGCAUAGAGUGUCUCUACAUGAGGCUACUUCUGGCAUGGAGCCAACUCAUGCCACCUGUCCUGCUGACACCGGGACUCCUGCUGCCAUUGAACCAACUAAUGCUAUCUGUUCUGCUGAUACCAGGGCUCCUGCUACCAUUGAACCCACUACUUCCCAAUGUGCCCCUGACAACGGUUCUCCUGCUGAUGUUCAUGAGCCAACUCCUUCCACCUGUGCUUCUGAUAGCACUGCUCCUGGUGACACUGAACCAACUCCUUCCCCAUGUCCUGCUGUCAGUGGGGCUAUUGUUGACAUCAAGCAACUUACUUCCUCAUGUCAUACUGACAGUACUGAAUGGGAUGAGACCCAUGACUCAGUAACAUCUAGUGACAUUGCGUUUGAUUUUGUAAUUGAUUUAGCUCUUUACGGGAAGCAUGCAAGGGAAACAACCCAUGCUGACCUAGAGCCUACUGCUGGUACUUGCUAUUCCCUAGACCCCAUUGAAAGAACUGACCGGAAUGUUUUGACAUUGCUUCACACAGAAAAAAAUACACUAGUCUUCCUUCAGAGGAGGAAUCCACUCUUAUUCCUGAUGUAG